ACCUGACAAUGGGCGUGGUCACCCUGACACGGGGCGUGGCCUAUGCCGGCGGUGGGCGUGUCCUGCGCGUCCGGCGCGCCGGGCGGCGGCGGGAAGAUGGCGGCGGUCGUGCGCGGCCCGCGGGGGGGGCGGCCGGGUCGGCGCUGACGGGACGGAGCUGCCGUGACCUUGACCCCAGUGCAGCCCUGUGUGCCACCAGCAUGGGGUGAGUGUCCCCGCGGUGGCAGCCCCGUCCUGGUGCCAUUGAGCGCGUUGGCCAUGGAGCGGAUGAGCUGGCUGUCCAAGCUGACACCGCGGGCGGGCGGGCAGAGGCCCCCCCGCAGCACCGGCGCCACCAGCCCCGUCACUGCCGACCCCGAGACCUGCCUCAUGGUCUUCAAGAACCACUGGUCCCAGGUGCUGCGGGUGCUGGAGCGUGGCGGCUGCCCCCCGACCCCGGAUGACGUGGCAGCAGUGCGGAACCACUCGCUGCAGAUGUUGCAGCUGUUGGCAGAGGAGCGGCCGCGGGCGGGCGCGGCGCAGCCGGGACCCAUCCUGGCGUUCGUGGCGCAGGAGCAGGUGCUGGCGCGGCUGCUGCGCUGGCACGCUCGCAGCGGCUUCCCCGAGGAGCAGCGCCUGGAGCAGCUGCGGCUCUACGAGGUGCUGCUGGCGCAGGCGCGGCAGGCGGUGCUGCGGCACGGCGCCGUGCGCGCCCCGCUCCUGCGCCUCCUGCGCCUGUGCGCGCAGCCCUCGUCCCCCGCGCUGCAGCACGGCCUCGUCCUCCUGCUCAACCAGCUCUGCGUCUGCGUGGCCAAGGAGCCCGCCAUCCUGGAGCUCUUCUUCCACAGCCCCUCUGAGCAGGGCCCCGCCAACAUCAUCAUCUUCUCGCUCCUCGUCCCUUUCAUCCACCACGAGGGCGUCCUGGGGCAGCAGGCCAGGGAUGCGCUGCUGCUCAUCAUGGCCAUGUCGGCCAACAACCACGCCGUGGCCAAGUCCAUCACCGACAACUCCUACUUCUGCCCGGUGCUGGCCGCGGGGCUGAGCGCUCUGUACUCGUCGCUGCCGCGGCGCCUGGAGGUACCAGGUGACGAAUGGCACCGGCUGCGGCGCCGCGACUGGCUGGGGGUGGCCCCGCUUGUGCUCUUCAUCAACAGCCUUGAGUUCUGCAAUGCCGUUCUUCAGGUCGCCCACCCGCUGGUGCAGAAGCAGCUGGUGGAAUACAUCCACAACGGGUUCCUGGUGCCCGUCAUGGGCCCGGCACUGCACAAGACAUCGGUGGAGGAGGCGGUGGCCAGCACCGCGUACCUGGAGCUGUUCCUGCGCAGCGCCAGCGCCCCGGCACUGCUCCGCACCUUCCUGCGCUUCCUCCUGCUGCACCGCCACGACGGCAGCACCAUCCUGGACACGCUCAUUGCCCGCAUCAACAGCAACGCCCGGCUCUGCAUGGUGUCCCUGAGCCUCUUCCGGACCCUGCUCAGCCUCAACUGUGAGGACGUGAUGCUGCAGCUGGUGCUCAGGUACCUGCUGCCCUGCAGCCACCUCAUGCUGAGCCAGAAGCGGGCGGUCAGAGACCUGGACAUCUAUGGCAGGACAGCCGCCAAGUUCCUGUCCCUCAUCCCACAGUGCUGCCAGCCCCAGAGCCCACCCCUGCCCCCCCGCGACCAGGAACCGGCUGCCUGGAGCAGGGGUCCUGGCAGCCCCACCACGGACGCAGCACCGGCACCGGCGCCGAAGCCGUCCACCCCAUCCCGUCUCUCCUUCUUCAUGCGGCAGCACAAUGCGGCGAGUGAUGGCAAUGGCGCGGCCCCGCGCUCUCCCGGAACCCCCUCUGGCAGCCCUGGGCACCGCGCUGGGAGGUGGGAUGAGGUGUCGGAGCUGGACGGGAAUUACCUGGAAUACUUGCGGGACGCGCGGCACAGCAUCGACCGCUGCGCGUGGGCCUGCCGCGUGUGGUCAGCGCCCUACGAUGGCGAGGAGCCGCGGGGCGAUGGGGACGGGCUCCCCACAGACACCACUGCCCCACGGCCCCCAUCCCCACGGACAAAGAAACGGGGUUUGCCGGAGGGACCCCCCGGUGGUGGCGCCGGUGACACCGGCACGGCCGGGCCCAGCCCCGAGCGCCGGGAGUCGGGGCCGGUGGUGAACGGGACGCACGCGCCGGCGGCUCCGGGCCGGCCCGAGGGCGAUGUGGUGGUGAAGAAAGUUCGGCGGCGGCAGCGGGAGGAGGAGGAGGAGGAGGAGGACGGGGGCGAGGGGAGGCCCCGGCCGCGGGAGCCGCUGCCCGCUGUGGACUCGGUGCUGGACGAGCUCUUGGCCAACGCGCCCGCGGAGCCCAACGGCGGCACCAUCGAGGCCUUCACCGAGGAGCUGCAAAGGCUUGAGGCCAGGAUGAAGAAUGGCAGCGAUGGGGACGAUGGGGAUGAGGGGGACACCGAGCCCCACGAUCCCCCCAAAGUGCCACAUGAGGAGGAGGAGGAUGAGGAGGAGGAGGAGACCUUCACCAGCUUCACCAGCCCCCCCCCGCGGCCACCGGACCCGCUGGCACAAGCAGUGGCUUCCCCGCCACGAGCUGUGGGGCCGCCCCCCAACCAGCCCUUCACAGGUCCCUUCGUGUCGGCGCUGCUGGCCAAGCUGGAGAACAUGCCCCACAACUCGCUGUACGUGAACGUGCUGCUCACGGGGCUCGUGGCCCAGCUCGCCUGCUACCCCCAGCCCCUGCUCCGCUCCUUCCUGCUCAACACCAACAUGGUUUUCCAGCCCAGCGUCAAGUCCCUGCUGCAGGUCCUGGGCUCCGUGAAGAACAAGAUCGAGGCGUUCGCGGCCACGCAGGAGGAUUUCCCGGUGCUGCUCUUCAAGGCCAAGAAGUACCUGAUCGGGCGGCUCGAGGGCACCGAGGGCUCGGGCACGGGGACUCCCCCUCGGCGCAGCGAGACCCCGGCCCGCAGCCGGCGGCCGUCGCUUGGGGAGCUGCUGUUGCGGCCCAGCUCCAGCCCCACGCGGCUGCGGCUGGGCCCAGCACCGGGGCCACGGGCCGGGGGGGGCGCGGGGGGCCCGUGGCCGUGGGGCGAGCGGCAGAGCCCGGCGCUGCGCGUGCGGAACGGGGUCUACAGCGCCGUCAUCUUCAGCGAGUUCCUCAAGGAGCUGGCGGCCAUCGCGCAGGCUCACGCCGUCACCUCGCCCUUCCUGUGCCAGCCCCCCGAGGGCGAGCCCCCCCUCUGACCUCUGCAGCCGGGGGGCAGCGGCAGGGCAGGACCCUGGCCCCCUCCAUGGGUGGCUGCAGCCCUGGCACCCACCAACUGCUCGUGGGGCGCGCUGGGGGGGUGUGGGU